CACCACAGGGGGUGGACGAAGAGACCGUGGUUUGAGCUGAGUUGUCGGCGAAAGUAGGCUGUUACAUUCGCCUAAUAAUAAUCGCAGGACAACUUGAAGCGACUGCCGGUGAGUCCAUUAUAACAUGGUUAGAGAGCGGAGAGGGAGUGGGCAAAUGGAGGACUCUCCGUGAUCCCGCCCGGUAGAACGCAUGGAUCCAUCACGUAGCCUAAACAUUUGAACGCAAAGAAAUCGGUCGAAUUAUCUGUCAGGAGCCUCAUAGGUAUCGGCUUUAAGAGACAACAAUAAAGGUUCGGGAAAGACGUUUCUGUUUUUCUGAGGUGGGUUAUCCUUACCGGAGUAAAUCUACCUGAGUCACCUGUUGGAGCAGUGGCCACAACUGCUCAGUCCACUAUCCAGCAUUUUUUUUCAACCUUGCAGUGAAACCAUGGGAUCGACCAGUGCUCCAAACGGAUGUGGUUCCAGUAUCAGCACCAUAUACUAUAACCUGUGUGACCUGACCACAGUGUGGGGGGUCGUGGUGGAGGCUGUUGCUGCUGCUGGUGUGGUGACUUCCUUCAUUCUCUUCAUCAUCCUCAUGUCCUCCUUACCAUUUGUGACAGACAAGAAAAGAAAGGGUAUGGUGGCCCUGCAGGCCGGGAUUCUAGUCUUCACUCUGGGACUUUUUGGACUCACUUUUGCCUUCAUCGUGGGUCGGUACUCCACCAGCUGUGCUGCACGGAGGUUCCUCUUUGGAGUACUGUUCUCAGGCUGUCUAGCCUGUCUGGCGAUGCAUGGUUUGUGGCUCGCCCUGCUUCAGCGGCGAGGCCGGGGGCCCAGGAGCUGGAUGUUAUGCCUGGGAGCCCUGGGGCUGUGGCUGGUCGAGGUGAUCAUCAACACUGAGUGGCUCAUCAUCACUGUGGUCAGUAGCCCACCCGCGGGUGUAAUUGUCCCUGACCUGUCCUGCAGCAUUGCUAACCAGGACUUUGUAAUGGCUCUGAUCUAUGUGAUGGUCUUGCUGCUAGCUGUGGUGGUGAUGCCUGUGCCCUCACUGACACACAAGCACAAGCAGUGGCGCCGGGAUGGAGCUUUCAUCCUGGUCACGGGGCUCUUCACCAUGGCUAUCUGGGUAGCUUGGAUUGUCAUGUACAUCCAUGGGAACAGAGUGGCCGGGGAUCCCAGCUGGGACGAUCCUACUCUGGCUGUAGCUGUGGUGUCAAAUGCCUGGGUGUUCCUCUUCUUUUACACCAUCCCAGAAAUCAGCUUACUGACCCAGGAGGACCCAGACCAGGAGCAGCCACUCGAUGGAGAUCAUGUAUAUCCUGCCAGGAGCCUGGUUUAUGACAACAUCCUGAAGGAGCAGGAGCGGUUCCAACAGAACGUGUACAUGGAGAAUAAAGCCUUCUCUAUGGACGAGCCUCCAACAGUACCCAAAAAGCCAGUGUCUCCAUACGGUGCUUAUAAUGGUCAGCUACGAAGUUGUGUGUACCAGCCCACCGAAUUAGCCCUGAUUGCCAAGGGUAUGACUAAGAUGGAUCAAGAUGCGAUGAUCCCUCGAGCCACACCCCCAUCUUUGAAUCCAGGAAGUUGCAGCUCCCUGCCUCGUUCGGUGGAGUCUUUUCCUUCUUAAGGACUGUCACGCGCAGGCACCACGAGGCGAGUGUCGCCUACACCUUCCUCGGGAAGAUGCUUUAACUAAUAACACACUGUGGUAAUUCCUAGCUCCUCUCUCACACACACACAUAUUCAUUUUGUCUUAUACUUUAUUUCCUCUGAUGUUCGUAUACUGCUUGUAUGUUCUGUAUGCACAGGGGCUGAGUGUGAUAUAUCAAAAGUUAUAAAACCACUAACAAUAUUGGAUAUAGACAGCUUAUAAAAGGCCAGUGCUUUUCAUACGGAAAGGUUGUGCCUCGGCUCCUCCAUUUAUGGCAACUAGUGCUGUAAACCUUUUACGGUCAACUAUAAACCAGCUUUGCUCACUGGAAGCUUGUACUCACUGGACUCCCGAAAAAGUCAGUCAAUCUCUCUCUCAAUCUCUAUGUCAUCUCUUUAUCAAUCUCUAUGUCAUCUCUUUAUCAAUCUCUAUGUCUCUCUCUGUCUAUAUAGAUAUUUACUUUACCUUCUUGCUAAGAGAAAGACCAAAAACUGUUCUGCCUCUAGUUUUCACAUUUCUAAGGAUUAGGUACAGAGAGUUUAAAGCAAAGACAAGGUCUAUAAUUGAACUGUUACAUCUUAGUUUUUAUUCACAAUAAUCAAAGUUGCGUUCUCACCAGUAUCAUUUCUUGUCAUGCGUCUGGUGACUGUUAAUCUGUUGGCUGUUGUAAAACAUACUUAAUCAUGUUGUGGUUCAGACCCCUGGAAGUAUAACAAAUGUCAU